UCUACGCACAGAACGCAGCGCGGAAGGACGUCGCAUCGCCGCCGCCCGGGGCGCGUGCGCGCAAAGCAGCCGGCUGGCGCGGGCUCUCCGUCGAUCUGCUCACGACCCCGGAGGCACAGCAGGCGGGGGACGCGGACGGCGAGGAGCGCCUAGACGGGGAGACGGUGCGCGCGAUAUGGGUGCGCUCGAAGCUCGAGCGGAGGACGCUCAAGGCGAUAUGGUGCGUCGCGCUCUUCUCUCUCUCACGGACGGACUGUGCUCAUGCGGGAUGCGGGAUGUGUGCAGGUCGGAGUGUGACCCUGCGGGCACGGGCUCGCUCGACCUCGAGGGCUUCAUUCGCGGGAUGUGGCGGAUCGACGAGGAGCUCCGGCGCGCGCAGUUGCGGAGCGGGCUCGGGCUCGCCCUCGGCCGUCACGGCUCGAUUGCGAGCAUGACCUCGCGGGGGAGGGCGCGGGUAGCAGAGGCGGGACGAGGCUGCUCCUGCGAUAGCAGGGCCGUGCAGGUGAUGGACUGACGAUGCUAGUGAAACGUGCUUAGUGCUUCGAUGGCUGUGUGGCUUUGUUAAUGUGGUGGUGCAAUGGACUUCGUGGCUGGCUCUUUGGUGUGUGAAGAUG